AUAGAAACCAAUCAGCUUCCAGGUUUUACUGUCAAAGCUUAAUUGAACAAGCUAAAGCUAAAAGCUGAUUUGUUACCAUGCAGAGCUGCACCAGAUUUUGCACUCUCCCAUUUUAGUAAGUCAAACCUUUCAUUUUGAAAACUUAACCUCCCUGGCGGUAUUCCCGAGUGUAGCUCGGAGUAAAGUUUCAGUACCACAAGCGGUAACCCCAAGCUACACUUGGGCUUACCAUGCAGCGCUGCUCCGGGAUCCCUCGUUCACUUACCUUGUCCUGCACUCUCGCGAUGUCCCUCCUGCAGUGUCCCCGGCAAUGUAAUCCGGCGGAUGCCGGCAUCUGUCAUCUGGGUUCCGUCCCCUGCGAGCGUCGGGACGUACAGGGGGACGGAACGGCGGGAAAUUUGAAAAUGACAAAAAGUGACAUUCACCAAAAUCACUAA